CCUGUUGCUACCAUGUACUGCCAGACUUGCAAACCUCCGAAACAGUUAGCAGUCCACACCAGAAGCCACUUGGGCACUGAAGUAGCUGAAAUGAGAAAGAGGCAGCAGUCACAAAAUGAAGGAACAUCAGCUGUGUCUCAAGCACCUGGAAACCAAAGGCCCAACAACACAUGUUGCUUUUGUUGGUGCUGUUGCUGCAGCUGUUCAUGCCUCACUGUUAGGAAUGAAGAUAGAGGAGACAAUGCAGGAAGGCCAACACAUACGACCAAAAUGGAGAGUAUCCAAGUCAUAGAAGAAUGCCAAAACCCUACUGCAGAUGAAAUUUUGUCUUGGGCUCAGAAUUUUGACAAGAUGAUGAAAACACCAGCUGGGAGGAACCUUUUCAGAGAGUUUCUUCGAACAGAGUAUAGUGAGGAGAACCUGCUUUUCUGGCUUGCAUGUGAAGAUCUAAAGAAGGAACAGAACAAGAAAGUUAUUGAAGAAAAAGCACGACUUAUAUAUGAAGAUUAUAUUUCUAUACUAUCACCAAAAGAGGUUAGUCUUGACUCCCGGGUGAGAGAAGUGAUCAACAGAAACCUGUUGGAUCCCAGCCCUCACAUGUAUGAAGAUGCCCAACUCCAGAUAUACACCCUAAUGCACAGAGACUCUUUUCCAAGGUUUUUGAACUCUCAGAUUUAUAAGUCUCUUGUUGAAAGUAUUACAGGCUCUACUUCUGAAACUUAG